AGCGUGUUCAAUUCAAGUCCCCAAUUUAACCUUGAACUGUUCGAGCUACGCGACGACCGACGACCGAAUAUUGCCAACUGAAGUUCGCUCCUUUCACCUAUACUCGAAUAUUUCAUCGAAUUGGACCUCGGUCUACACCAAUUGAAUCCUUUUCGCUUCGAUCUACCCCUCCAAGAUUCCUUAAAACACAGCAAUAAUGGCUUCGAAAAAGGCGGCUGCGACGACCGACAAAUACUCGGUUCUCCUACCGACGUUCAACGAGCGUCGCAAUCUUCCCAUCGUCACCUGGCUGCUCAACCGAACCUUCACUGAGAACAACCUAAACUGGGAACUCAUAAUCAUCGACGACGGCUCCCCAGACGGAACCCAAAUCGUAGCCGAGCAGCUCGUCAAAGCCUACGCACCGCACGUCGUCCUCAAAACGCGGACCGGAAAGCUCGGACUCGGCACGGCGUACGUGCACGGGCUGCAGUUCGCGACAGGCAACUACGUGAUCAUCAUGGACGCGGACUUCAGCCACCACCCGAAGUUCAUCCCGCAGAUGAUCGCGCGCCAGCGCGCGGGUAACUACGACAUCGUCACCGGCACGCGGUACGCCGGCGACGGCGGCGUCUACGGCUGGGACCUCAAGCGCAAGUUCGUCAGCCGCGGCGCGAACUUGUUCGCUGACACUGUCCUCCGCCCUGGUGUGAGUGAUUUGACGGGCAGCUUUCGAUUGUACAAGAAGGCUGUGCUGCAGAAGGUCAUUGAGAGCACGGAGAGCAAGGGGUACACUUUCCAGAUGGAGAUGAUGGUGCGUGCGAAGGCUAUGGGGUUCUCCGUUGCUGAGGUCCCGAUUUCGUUUGUUGAUCGGCUGUAUGGAGAGUCGAAGCUCGGUGGUGAUGAGAUCGUGGAGUAUGCGAAGGGUGUGCUGAGCUUGUGGUUGAAGGUUUGAGGGGGGGUUGUGGUUGCUUCUUAUGCCGGUGCCCCGGCUACGAUAUGACUAGGAAGUGAAAGGGUUCGGGCAGUUCGGCGUUGGGUUGCGUGGUUCGGCCUGUGUACCAUCGAUGCUCAUAACUAAUACAGGCAAAAGAUUAUAA